AAACCAGAGUCUCAGACGGACUGUGUGGAGUACUACAACGCCAUUCAGAAUGGAAAGAAAGUGAGGCUGCGCCGACACCGAAGAACCAUCCGCAUCCUGCAACAGAGGGCGGCCAACCGGCGAGCACGCCAACUGCAACAAAGGGCAGACAUUGAGAUCAUCCAUCGGGAACACUCUCCAGAUCACAUGAUCACCUGGACUGGGCCUGGCUUCGCUCGUGUUAGAGAUGGCGCUGGCCUCUUGUUUCACAUCAACAACAUCCCGUAUCCCAUGGACUAUGACAUCAUGAUCCGAUAUGAGCCUGAGUCAGCAGAGGACUGGGAAGCCAUUGUCAGUGUGACAUCUCAGAUAUUACCCAUGAGCCCUCGCUGUGGAAAUGUGCUACCCUCUGAGCAGAUGUAUCGGGAAAAACUGCCACAUUCAGAGAGAUAUCUGGUCCUCUCGAAGCCCUUUUGCUUUGAAAAUAACAACCAGUAUGAAAUCAGCAUCCGCUUCCAGCGUUUGGAGGCCACCAAUCGACAUCCGGGAUCCUUCAUCCUCGUUGACUCGCUGGUUCUUCUGCCCAAAGUCUACGAACUGCCCGGUUUCCAUGGUAACGAUCCCACAUCCACGCACCACCGGGAAGAAAUGGAGACCUACAGGUGCCUGGAGUCUUUCAAGAUGGCCACCAUGCCGGUCCUGGCGGAGAUGUGCAUCAAGCUGCUGUGCAGUAUCUCCGCCAUUGUCCACGACGGAGCUCUGCCCUGUCUGUGCGAUUUGCAAGGUUCGCUCAGCGCCGUGUGCGACAAAAUCGGAGGCCAGUGUAUGUGCAAACCC